UGGAUCCAUAGAUCUGAUAUUCACUUUUCCCUCUCAAUUUUUUCGUUGCUAUUACCAAUGAUUUACAAUUGCUAGUGGAAUUGUUGCUCUUAUAAUUAUUAUUAGAACAUUUAUAUUUAAUAAAUUGACUUUUUUAUUUGUAUUCAGUGUUUGUUCAUUCAGAGUCGAUAAAAAAUCAACUUUUGUAUGAACCGUUAGCUCAACAUGGUUCUUUGAUCGAUUGUAUAAAUGUGUGAAAGCGUGGUUGAUUAAAAAAACAAAAUCACCUUUAUUGUUAUCAUCAUAGCCAUUCCUUACAUCAUUAUUAUAAACAUUACUUGAUGCCGGUUCCAGUUAAAGAUUUAUUGAUCUACCAAAUGAAUGAGUGAAAGUGAAGAUUUCCAUGAUUUAUGUACUCGAGUUGGCAUCGUAAUUGUGUCUCGACAUGAACUCGUUUCAAAUGGUACCAAAUCAACUCUGUCCAAGAUGUUACAAUUUAUGUGUAAUAUGAUUUGAAAAUAAAUUGGGUCACCUUGGUUUUAACAACAUUUCAGUAAAUCUAUUGGCUGAUACUGCUGUAAUUAAGUUACAAAAAGACAGUAUUGAGUGGACAAAGAUGGAUUAUUAAGCGAAUGUGUAAAUAAUUGGUCAACUGAUUUAGCAAAAUUAACAAACAAUGUAAAGUGUUUCAAACACCCUUGUUAAUCAUCAUUACGAAAGAUAAUGCAAUUUUUUGCAGCUUCAAACGACAAUCAUCACCAACAAUGAUAAACACCAACAGUUAUAUAAUAAUACAAUAAUCAUAAUAUAAUAAGACCAACAAAAACAUCAUCAGAAACAAGCAAUAACAAUUAUUACAAGGAACCAGGAAGGAAAAUAGAGAAUGCCCAGUCCAAUUAAAUCAAAUCAUAUUGAACCAGAGCAAGAUGAUUUAAGAAAGUUUUCUGAAGGACAAAUUGACCCGAGUUGAAUGAUCACAAGUACGAAGCAAAAUCAAGAAGAUGUUGAACAUUUUCAAGACAAAAAGCACCUUGAAUUUCACCGCUACGAUAUGUUUACUUGUUUCGUUAUCCGUAAUUUUAGUUACGGAGGCUGGUCACAAUCCCAAAAUGAACGUUGACUUUGGUAUCAAUUUACCUUCAAUGUCAUUUAAUCUUCCGGGUAUGGCGAUGCCAAAGAUGAGGAUAACUGCCGUUGUUAACAGAUCUAAACCUAAAAAACCAAUGAAAAUUGAACUUCCAGCUAUUAGUCUUCAUGCUAAAUCAUUGGAAGAUCCUUGGGGUCAAUCAGGAGGAAGUGAAUACUCAAGCGGAGGAGCUGGAGGCUAUUCUAGUGAGGGUGGCUCUUAUGGAGGAGCUGCUGGUGGCGGCGGUGCUUACGGUGGAGCUGCUGGUGGCGGCGGUGCUUACGGUGGAGCUGCUGGUGGCGGUUACUCUGCCGGUGCUGGUGGAAGUGAUGGAUGGUCCGAUGGUGGAUCUAAUAAUGGUUAUGCUAGUGAAAAUGAUGAAGAAUAUGCAUCAGAAGGACACUCUGAAGAUGGAUAUGAUGAUGAUAAUGAUUCUUAUGAAACUCCAAAAUCAGGAUAUAGUGAUAAUAAUAAUAAUAACUACAAUUCUGGUAAUAACUAUAACCAAGGAAAUCAACAAAGCUAUGGACAAGCUCCUGCUCAAUCAAAUGGUUAUAAUUCAGGAUCAAAUGCCCAAUCUGGCUAUGGACAAGCUCCUGCUCAACAAAAUAGUUAUGGUGCUCAAUCUGGUUACAAUCAGCCUCAACCCCAGGAAUACGGUAAUCAAGGUUAUAAUCAACAACAGAAUCAAUAUCAUCAACCACCACCUCAGUAUAAUCAGCAACCUCAGUACAACCAACAACAGAAUCAAUAUAACCAACAACCUCAGUAUAACCCACAACCACAGUACAACCAACAACCACAAUACAAUCAAAAUCAGGAAUAUAAUCAUCAGGUUCUUAAAUAUGGUCCACCAAGACCCGAUCAGGACUAUGGCAAUCAAGGAGCCAAUUAUCCACAACAGCAAUCUGGUUAUGGUUCAUCCAAUCAAGGUGGAUAUGGAAAUAAUCAAGGUUCCUAUGGUGGUCAGGGUGAAUAUAACCAAGAUAGUUAUGGAUCUAAUGGUAAUUAUGGUCCUAAUUAUGCAGAAGGAAAGGAACUUUAUGUUUAUGGUCAAACACCCAAAAAAGUUCGCUUCUACGAAGAUAAAUAUGCUUCUUCUGGUUAUAAUAAUAAUCACAAUAAUAACUAUGGUCAAGCAAAUCAAGCUGACUAUUCAGCUAAUGCACCAACUUCAGUGACACUCUCAACUGGUUAUAAAUCACAACCAGCCUCUAAUCAACAGCAAUCACCAAACAGUUCCUGGAAACCAGUGGCUGGUUCAAGUUACUAUGGAUAUCAAUAAUUCAAAAUUCAUCUUGUACUUAUUCUCAUUUCAUUUUUGCUUAAAUAAUUUUAUAAAAAUAUCUGUAAAAAUGAUAAGAACACAUUGUUAUUUGUGAUCAAUUACAUGAAAACUUUCACUCUCAUCCAUGUAACCAAAUGAUUUCUCAUUUACAUCUAGU